CUCCCCUCCCCUCCCCUCCCCUCCCCUCAAAUUCACAAGAAAACCCCACAGCCAUACGGGUUCCCCGCGGGCGGCGAUCGCCGGAGAUGAAGCGUAGAGACCCUAAAUUGUGGGGUCGCUUCGGUGGAGGAGGAGGCCAGGGGUGGAAGGCGAAGAGGGGGAGGCCUGACGGCGACCGGCGCGGCGGGGGAGGGCCUGUGGUGAGGUGGUCGCACGCGGAGGCCAUGAAGAAGAGUCCCGCUCGUGGAGUCGGUGCGGCCGUCGCUGGAGGUGGAGGAUGGAAGAGGGGUGUUCUUGGUCCGGGAAAGGCAGAGCUUGGUGGGCCGAGCUGCGGGAGUGGAGGGUCUUGGACGAGCUGGUCGGAGGCGGCGGCGCCGGCGAAGGAGACCGGUACGGCCACCUGCAGGGGUAAGGGGGUGCAGAUGUGGGAGUGGGACUGGACGGAGCAGGACGCGAAGAAGGCGAGGCCGUGCGACGCCGGGCGAGGAGAGGCGGGACGCGAUGAGGAGGAGGAGCUGGUCUACGAGUGGAGGUGGACGGAGGCGGUGAGCCCGGAGAUCCUGGCGCUGGUGCUCCGCGGGAGGCUCAAGGCGGACGAGGUGGCGCGGGGCGCGGCGCUGGUGUGUAGGGCGUGGAGGCAGGCCGUGGCGUCGCCGGACAUGUGGGGCGACGUGGACAUCGAGGCGUGGUGCCGCCGCGUCAACUGCCGCGCCAAGGCCGACGCCGCCGUGCGCCGGCUCGUCGCCCGCGCGCAGGGCACGCUCCGGAGGCUCUCCGCCUACCACGUCGGCGACGCCUCGCUCACCUACGUCGCAGCCUCUGGGAAGCUGCUCAAUGUUCUCCAGAUCCCAAUGAGUGAGAUCACUGAUCAAACCGUGGAGAAGCAUGCAGAAUUCCUUCCUGCACUGAAAGUGCUGGACAUCAGUAACUGCCUAAAUAUCACGUCCAGAGGAAUUGAGGCACUCGGCCGGCACUGCAGGUUGCUCGUUCAUCUGAAGAGAAACAUGCCCCCUCCAGAUCCUCCUCAGGGUAACAACACAGCUGCUAGGGCGGUUGAAGAAGAGGCAUUGGCAGUCGCAAACACCAUGCCGACGCUGGAACAGCUUGAGCUUGCGUAUGGCCUGCUCAGUGACCAUGCGCUAAAUACAAUUCUUAACAAGUGUCCGCUGCUGCGCGCCCUGGACAUACAUGGCUGCUGGAAUGUCAGGCUUGGAGGUGACUUAGAGGAGAGGUGUUGCGCGCUCCAGUCAUUCAGGGAGCAAUGGGAGCCUGUGUACUGCACUGACACAAGCAGUGGAGGUGACUAUGAUGAUGACAAUACUGACAGUGAUGAUUGAUGGGGUUCUGUUUAGAGGUUCAAGUGGUUGCAGCUGUGAUUAUUUGAGGUCUCAGAUGAUGAUUAUGAGGUAGUUUGGGUAUAUAUUGCAGUCCGAUCCCAGCCGGCGCAUCUACCCUUGGUGACAAUUAUUCGAUACUCUACAAGGUUUGCAUUGGAGUGCUGCUGCUUAUGCAGAGAAGCAAAAGUAAAGCAUUAUAGUAUUGGAGAUUAAUUAAUAAUGAUGAUUGUUGACAUGAGACGAUUUCUGAAUGUGCUCGUAUGGCUUUUGUCAUAGGAAACACCUAUUCAAAUGCUUAUAUUUCACCUGAUUGAAAUGAGGGAAUUUUUUGUGA